AUGUUCGAUCGUAUCAUGGAGCGCAGCGGUAACGGUAGCGGCACCGGCAACGACAGCGGCAUCUUGAGUAGUUUGAUGCGAUCCACGAGCAUUCGACUCGAUCACCAGCAAUCGCUCCACGUCGUCUCUGACUUCGUUCUCCGGAUUCCCGUCGAGUUUGCAUUGAACAGCUCCAUCUUCUUGGCCCCCCACCUCGGUCUUCUCUGA